AUGUUCGGUGUCAACAUGGGCUUCAUUGAUGAUGCCGUCAACAACGUGUUGGAAACCGUGGACGACAUCUCCGACAGCAUUCACGUGAAGGCACUACAGGACGGCUUACAGAAGGAGAAGACACGUCCAGAUCAGACGUUCAAGGCGCUACCUGACGGCUUACAACGAGAAGAAUCCCAGGAAGGCGGUCUCAUCAAGCUCCUGGCUUCGUUGGACGAUGGCCCGGGGGCCACAAAGUUCAAGGAAGAAGUGGUGACGAGCUGGCUGUCCAAUCCGGAUCACCCGAUAAACAUGCUCAAGCGUCUGAAACUUGACGAUGCUGGAGACGACCUCCUCGCCAGUCCGCUGUUGGAUGUUUGGACCCGGCACUUGAAGGCCUUCAACAAGGAGUACCCGUUCGCAGAGACGACGAUGAUCCAGACGCUCACCAAGAGCUACGGUGAUGAAAAGCUGGCGGCGAUUAUUCAAGCGGGCACGAAGGUCCCGAAGACAGAACAGUUGGCCAAGAACUUGCAGGUCGCUCAGUUCAAGCGUUGGAUGGGUGGAUUUCCGAACGCCGACAUCUGGCGCGCGUAUUGUAAAGCUUAUGGCAAGGAGUUUCCAGGGAAACUCUUCUCGUUCCGCCCUGAUAGAAAAUAG